AUGGGGAAGCUCGGGUCCAGGUCGUUUGUCGCAGUGGUGCAAAGGAAUCUUUCAGCAGUGGCUUUGACUGCCUUUGACAUCGGGAGGGAUGCGACAGGCACGAACAUGAAGCCCUUGGAUGUUAGUCUGACGGCGGCGCAGGGUCUCAUCGACAACAUGGACUACAUCCUCCCGGUGCAUGAUAGUGACCAGCUGGAUGUGAACCAGGCCAUCUUCUUCCGAUGGAACCUGUUGGAGCUGCUUUUGCACUGGGUGCAGUUUCGGGGCGAGUGGCUCGACCACAUGCCCUCGUUUACUUCUCGCUUGCUUUGGCAGUUCUACACCUGCGCACUUCCGUUACGCGUCUUCGUUUUGCACAUCUACCGGGUGUUCUGGCCCUUGCUCUACUGCAGCCUGGCGGUGAAGUAUCAAGUGGCAGAACCAUAUGGCACAAUUUCCGACGCGGACCUCAGCAGUUUUAGCACACGAGCUUUGGUGAAGAGGGUGGCACUGCUGCAGUCUUUACCAGCGUGUGAUCGGGGAUGCUUCCUGGACCUGUCAGCUGCAUUUGCUGCCCUGGCACUUCAAGCAGGCCAGAGACAGCAGGAGUCUGAGCUCUACGGCUAUUUGAGUGACACGCAGCUCAUGCUCCAGUCGGCUUUCUGUGAGAGCAUUAUCGAUUGCGUUCGGACCCGCUCAGACGCAGAGCUCCUGCGCACGACCUGUGGCUUUCUACACAGGGUGGCAGAACUGCCACUUUUACGACAUAGGCGCUUUCAGAUCCUCGCAAAUGCAGGGGACGCCUUAGGACGCACUGAGUUUGAAGGCUCACGUGGUGCAGCACGUCUUGCCACUUUGCAGAACGACGACCUGUGGUCACGGCCUUUUCGGCUAAGCCCUGCUGACGAGAUUGAAGCUGCAUGCGUUGACAAGAUGGACAUGGAUCCGAUAAGUCCAGCACGAGCCUUGAGCCUCUACAACAUGCUCAGCACCGUCGGCCAAGUCCUUUCCCGAUUUGGUGUGGAAUGGUUUGCCUCGCAUGGCACGCUUUUGGGAGCCAUUAGGCAUGCGGGUCAGGUUCCACAUGAUUGUGACCUGGACAUAUCCAUAUUUUCUCCGGAUCUACACAUGCUGCGAAAUGCAUCCGUAAUGCUGGCAUUGCAGCGGAAUGGCUACCAGCUUGACUAUUUACCAGUGCAAAACUUGUUCACAGUUUGGCGCGUUGGUCAGCACACGGGAACAGAGGUGCGUGGUGCACGUGCCGUCAACAGCAUGAACAUGUACCGUUCCGCUUUGCACAUCUUCGUGCUGUUCGACUUCCACGAAACAAAGCAAUGGAAGUAUGAAACAGACAGGUUGAAGCACCGUGGCUGGAUCAUGUCAGAGAAAGACUUGCUUCCAUUGAAGCUGCGUCCUUUUGGCGACACAUCCAUUCCAGUUCCUGCGCAGCCGGAAGCCUAUUUGGACCGAAUGUAUGGCCAAGACUGGAACUCAACUGUCCGCUGCAUGACAGCGCUGCAGGAGUACCCCUACUACGAGCCAACUCCCUUGACCGUUGCUGGUAUGGCCCAGCCAACAGGACCACUGGAGCAAGUUUUCUACGAGUGA